GCCCCAAACAAAGAAGGCUUCGAUUACAUUGCAGCCUGGGAAGAGACUUGGCGUAGAAUGACGUGUCAGGUAGAUAGAUACUGAAUUAUUUUUCAAGAGGAGUGGAAGAGAUUGACUAUCAUGAGCAAAACUAAAAAACAAAACAUUAGCAUCGCCAAAGAGAUAGACAGUGUGGAGGGUCGUCUCUCGCUGUGCAGGGACAGCCUGGAAGGAGUGGAGUUCAGGUUGCGCAAGGAGGAGCUCUCUGAUGAAGGAAGACAAUCGCUGGAGGAGGAAAAGACUAUUCUUAUGCACAGAGUGUCAAAAUAUGAGGGGGAGUUGCAGAGUCUGAGAGGGGAGAAUCGCAGAAACAUGCUGCUGUCUGUCACGCUGCUGGCACUCUUUGUCCUCCUCUACACCUCCUGGACAAGUUAGCUGGGCCAGACCAGGUCACUUGAACACAUCAAGCAUUCUGUUUUUCUAUUUGGAGAAUCGAUUCAUUCCAUCAGGAUCAGGUCACUUGUGGUCAGAACAUUUCUAUUCAAUUGGAUUCUAUACUCGGUAGAGAAAAAAAAAAAAAAAAGACAA